CAACCCUAGUCCAGUGUGUUUGUGCGUGCGUGCGUGCGUGCGUGCGUGCGUGCGUGCGUGCGUGCGUGCAUGCGUGCGUGCGAAGUGUAAGUGCUGAAGCUCGGUUAGCUUUUUUUCCUUUUUUUUGUUUUGUUUUCGCCGUUUGUCAGUCGCACAGGAUCACGGGCCGCGCUUCGGUGAGCCUUGGACGCGACGACAGAACGACGUCAGCCUCCGAACCGAGUCGCACCCGAGGGGUUUAAUGGAUCCGAAGAUCGGUUGUUAUCAACCGGAGCAGUUCGGUCCCGCGAAGGACUUGUGGUUACACAUUUGGGAGACCGGGAAGGACCUGGACAAUCUGAGCCUCAAGCACGAUAACAGCGCGAGCUUGGGCGGUAGCACUAUGAAUACGAAAAACAGCCAGGAUUUCGUACCGCUGGAGUCGCCAACGCUUAACAAUCGGCCCAACAACGACGAGCGCAACACACGUGUCAACAUGCAGCACAACACCAACAACAGCUACUACAACCCAUCUAGGAGGAAAAACGAUAAUCGUGCAAGUACUUAUGGCAUGAAUUAUAACUACGAGGCCCUGGUUGGGGUGUUUGGUGGCUGUCCCUGGCGAAUCCCCAACAAGCAUUACUCCAAGGGUGUCCUUGGUUUACACGAGGAGAUUGAAGACUUCUUUACUUAUAUGUGCCCUUCAAAUGAGGAACACAAACUUCGAUUGCGCGUCAUUAAAAGAAUAAAGCAAGUAAUAUACGAUCUUUGGCCAGAUUCAAAAGUGGAAAUUUUUGGAAGUUUUCGCACUGGAUUAUAUCUGCCUACAAGUGAUAUUGAUUUAGUUGUGAUAGGAAUGUGGACAAAUCUUCCACUACACACACUUGAAAGAGCAUUAAUCGAUCAAAACAUUGUUGAGCCAUCGUCCGUCAAAGUAUUAGAUAGAGCAUCAGUUCCAAUCGUUAAGCUUACAGACAAAGAGACUGAAAUUAAGGUGGACAUUAGUUUUAACAUGAACAAUGGUGUUAAAUCUGCAGAAUUGAUCAAGACUUUUAAAAGGCAGUAUCCCGCUCUUGAAAAGUUGGUGAUGGUACUCAAACAAUUUUUAUUGCAAAGAGAUCUCAAUGAAGUGUUCACUGGUGGUAUCUCUUCCUAUAGUUUAAUCCUCAUGACUAUUAGCUUUUUACAGUUACAUCCCAGGACGAAUAUUGACAGUCCAGAAGUAAAUUUGGGGGUAUUAUUAAUAGAAUUUUUAGAAUUGUACGGUAGAAAAUUUAAUUAUGUCAAGACCGGCAUACGUGUAAAAGGUGGUGGUGCUUACAUAUCAAAAGAAGAGGUUCAAAAGGAUAUGAUCGAUGGACAUAGGCCAUCAUUACUCUGUAUAGAAGAUCCGCUUACUCCAGGCAAUGAUAUAGGUCGUAGUAGUUAUGGCGCUUUGUAUGUAAAAGAUGCUUUUGACUGGGCUUACUAUGUACUUUCACAAGCUGUCAAUCCUCUCAAUAUUCUAGUCAACGAUGCAAACAAAGUCAGUAUAUUGGGAAGAAUAAUUAGAGUAACGGAUGAGGUAAUAGAUUAUCGAAAAUGGAUCAAGGAGACAUUCCCUGUACCUCCGGAGAUGGAUUCACUAUCUAGCUCUACUGGUUCUGAUGCGUCCACACUCUCGGCACCUGCGAGUGAAUCGGAAUCGGAAUGUAGUAGAGGAAACUCGCCAAACACUGGAGAAAAGGGUGAGGAUAAAAAUAAAGACAGGCAUUUAUAUAACAAUCAGUUAUCUCAUGGUCAUCUCACAUACAAAAAAUCAUACAAACCUACAGCACAUGUAAACCAUCAGAACGCACGAGGGGAUUACACGCGCAGUAUAAGCAAUCACACAGGCGGACAUGGUAAAACAAAAAAUAAUCAACACAAUAGUAAUAAUAACAAUGGCGGUAAUCAGAGUCCAGGUUCUAGGCUACAUUCGGUGAAACGUAAAAAGCAGUGCAUCACGUCGCGUGGCCCGGGUGAUUGUGUGCGGUGAUGAAACGUGCUGCGUGUUCCUGCGUAAUCCUUAUUCUUUUAAGAAUCAACUAACUCGGAUAGAGUAUCCGAGGGCAAAUACCUAUAGCAAUACUGGUGCAGUCCGAAAUCAUACUAAGUCGAUAAGCGUUUUACAUAUAUAUAUAUUUCUUAAUUGGCGACAGAUUUCUUUUGUACGAAGCAUUUGAACUAUUACAAGCGUCAUUUUUAGUUUCUUAGAACGCGGAAAAUAUCGUUUAAAUAGAUUUUCCCGAUUUUCCUAUUUUAAGCUUUACAAACGUACGCCAUUAUUAGCGAAUUCUCAACGUUAGGUCUAUUUCAUAUUAUAAUAUAUCCAGAUAACCAAACGCUCUUUUAACAUUUUACCGUUGGAUUUGAUAUGCUGAUUUGCUCUUUAUAUUGCUGUGAUUAUGCUUAAAUAUGAUUUGUCCGAGCGAAUCGCAAACAAACUGCCAUAACGUGAAUAUCUGGGCAUAUAUUGUAGGAAAG